CAUGAUUGUUACGAUCAAAUAAAAUGUUGUCAAAUCCAAAUCCACUAAACCUUCGCGGCAAUUGCUCAUGCGACGCUUUUCUUUUUCUCCAAAUCUUGGUGCUCCACCUCUUCUUCCGUCGUCUCUCUCUCAUCGACGCCACCUGCUCGACGAAAUCUCAAACCUAAAUUCCGCUCCGACAUGCCCAGACGAAGUUGCCGCCGCACUAUUCAACCCCAUCCAAGUCAUCAGGGAACGACUCCGGUCGGAGGCCUCCCUCGACCCCGGCGCCGUCGCCGCCUCACUCAAGCACUGCCGUGGCCGGGAGGGCCUCCAGCUUCACGGCCUCGUUCUUUCCUCUGGCCUCGACGCCCACACCAUCGUCUCCAACUCUAUCAUGAACUUGUACUCUAAGUCCGGCGCCCCCGACCUCGCGCGCAAGGUGUUCGACGGAAUGCCCCGUCCCGAUGUCGUCUCCUGGAACACUUACCUCUCCGGCAUAGCUUCCAGCACCGAAGCCCUCGACUUCUUUGCUCUCAUGCGUCGAACAGGCGUCCAUCCCGAUGGUGUCACCUUCACUGUGGCCCUCGCUGCAUCGGCGAACCUGUUGGAUCCGGAACCUGCCCGGCAGUUGCACUCCCUCGUCCUUAAAUCUGGCUUCGGUUCCGACCUCAUCGUCAAGAACGCGGUCAUCAGUUCUUAUGCCAGGGCAGGCCAUUCCGUGGAAGCCCACAUGGUGUUCGACGAAAUGCCAUUUAGAGAUUCGGUCACCUGGAAUUCGCUGCUUUGUGGCCUCACUCAAGACGGCAGAGGCGGAGCUGAAGCCAUUGAGUUGUUCCUUGAAAUGGUGAGGGAUGAAGGCGUCCGACCUGAUCGUAUCUCAGUUGCCACUGUGAUCUCUGCGUGUGGCCAAGAGGGAAAAAUUGGCUUCGGAUGUCAAGUCCAUGGCUUUGCAACUAAGGUUGGCGUUGCGGCCCAUAUAUCAGUCUCCAAUCUGCUCAUGUCAAUGUACUACAAGCAUGGGGAUGUUAGCUCUGCGAAAAAGGUGUUCGAUAAUAUGAUGCAAAGGGAUGCCAUUUCGUGGACGACCAUGAUCUCUAUUGAGCCAGACAAUGCAAUUCAUCUCUUUAAUGUUAUGAGGCUUCAAGAUGUGCAACCAAAUGAUGUUACUUUUGUUGCACUAAUUUUUGCUGUUAACGAUCAAUUGUUGAGAGAAGGGCAAAUGAUUCAUGGAGUCAGCUUUAAGCUUGGAAUUGCUGAAGAGUUGAAUGUUUCCAACAGUCUCAUAACUAUGUACGCCAAGCUGAAGAUGAUGGUCGAUGCAAGGAAGGUGUUUGACGCAAUACAUUGUAAGGAGAUAGUGUCUUGGAAUGCUUUAGUUUCUGGAUAUGCUCAAAAUGGGCAGUUGGAAGAUGCUCUAGCGGUGUUUUCCUCCUUGAUCUUACAUUGCAUGCCAAAUCAGUACACAUUCGGGAGCAUCUUGAGUGCAAUAACUACAACUGAAAUAGUUUCCUUGGCAUAUGGCCAGAGCUUCCAUGCCCACAUUCUCAAGUUGGGUCUUAACGCAAAUGCCUAUGUUUCUGUUGCUCUCAUUGACUUGUAUGCCAAGCGUGGAAGCAUUGAUGAGUCUCGGAGAGCUUUCGAAGAGGCUCCUCUCAAGAGUCUGAUAACUUGGACAUCGAUCAUCUCUGCACACUCAAAACAUGGAAACUAUGAAGAGGUGAUGAGCCUCUUUGAAAGCCUGAAGCGAACUGGUAUUCAUCCUGAUCACAUCACAUUCCUUGCAGUUCUUGUUGCAUGUUGCUGCAAAGGGAAGGUUGAUAUGGGGCGCAAGGUGUUCGAGUCAAUGGUGGAUGAAUUUGAGAUUGAACCAUGGCAAGAGCACUAUGCUUGCAUGGUGGACAUGUUGGGGAAGGCUGGGAGGCUAGAAGAGGCAGAAGAGUUCCUGCAGCUAGCACCAAUGCCACUUGGGAUAUCAGCAUUACAGAGCCUGUUAGGGGCAUGCCGUGUGCACAGAAAUGCUGAGAUGGGGAGCAGGAUGGCGGAGGCACUGAUGAAAGUUGAACCGACCGAAUCAGGUGCCUAUGUGCUGAUGUCAAACAUUUAUGCAGAAAAGGGAGAGUGGGACAAUGUAGCUAAGUUAAGAAGGGGAAUGAGGCAGAGAGGAGUGAGGAAAGAAAUCGGAUUCAGCUGGGUGGAUGUUGGCUCUGGAGAAUCCCCCUACAUGCAUAGAUUUUGCUCAGGAGAUAAGACUCAUCCUCUUGCUGAAGAAAUACACUCAAUGGCUGAGAGUUUGGGCAUGGAGAUUAGUUAUAAAAAAGAGGAUUCAGACAUGGGCUUCUAUCUGGCAGCCACAAACUGAGUGAAUCAGUGCCAACAAAAGAUGAAAUUUUGAACCUUGAACUCCAUUUCUGAGUUGCCAAAUUAAGCGCACAGUUUCAGAUAUUGAAAACCCUAGCAAAUGUUGGUCCUGCGAAGGGUUCAGUAGUGAAGCUAAAGAUGCUAACAAAAAAAGAUUACAGUAUAUUUCAGACUGAUUUAAGGGAACUUAUUAAUUCAUUUGUUUACAGCACAACAAAAUAG